GGCCCCAAGUGUCAGUCCACUCCAGGUCACCAGGCAAGUGAAUCAGCAAGUGAAUCAGAUGUGGGGCAGCCAACAGAGCUUUGCUGCACCUCGGACAGCUGUGGCCAGCCACGAGGAGACAAGCCCCCCAGCGAGGCUGGCAGCCCACACACCAGUUCACAGAGGGCUCUAACAGAGCCUGGCCCAGGGGGACAGGAGGACAGCACCCAGGAAGCAAUGUCCCCAGUGCGUAUGGUGACUACAGAUGAGAAGACAGGCCACCCCUUCCUGCCAUCCACCCCUGGACCCAAAACACCCAAGGAAGGGGGUGAGGCUGUGAAGACCCAGCCAGCACCGGGGCCUCUUCCUCCACCAGAGGUCAGGGACAGUGGCGAGAGGAGGGAGCUGGGUCGCGCGCAGAAGUGGCCUCAGGAGUCGGCAGGGACUCAGAACCUCGGGAGACCCUGGCAGGGCUUCAUGAAGUGCUUGCUGGAGACGGAGGGGCGAGCCGGCCGUCGGAGGGCCCCGAAGGCCCGGGCCCUGCCCACCCGGAGGGCCCCCAGGACCCUGAGCCCUGUGCCCACCCUCGCCCACGUUGGCAGCUCAGUCCGGAGCCCGCCUCUGACCCUGCUUCAGAGCCCCGCCUCGGGCCCUGCCACCACCUCAUCACGGGCCCGGCCGCCAGCCCCCGGGGCUGUCCCUGUCCCCGUGGUGGGAGCCCCAGUCCUGGCCUCUGUGCCUGGCUCUGUCCUGCUGGCCCCCGCCCUGGACCUGGGCUGGAGGAGGAUGGAACUCUCACACCCAAGCAGCGAGCGGAGCCCGAGCGGAGCCAAGGCACGGCAGGAGACUGAAGAGUGCGGCCUGCAGAAGCUGGGUCACAACCGGGAGGAGAUAUCUGAGGAGCAUCUUACCCCGAAGCAAGAGACAGGAGAUGGUCACGUGGACUUCAGGGACUUUUUGGCUGUGAUGACGGACACCAAGCGCUUCUUCUGCUCCAUGGAACAGAACGCCCUGACGGACAUGGCUCCCCCAAACCCCCACACUCUACUCUUUGAGAUCCUGUCUCUGCUGGUGGAGAUGCUGGCCUUACCAGAGGUAGCCUUAGAGGAAAUCACAAACUACUACCAGAAGAAGCUGAAGGAAGGCACCUACAAGGCCCAAGAGAUGAAAUCAGCCAUAGGCCGGCUGCGGUCGCGGAGGAAGCUUCCCCUCAACCCCCAGCAGGCAGAAUGCUUGGAAGUUCCAGAACGAAGGGUCCUCAGGAUCCUGAGCCAGCUCAAGCAGAACUAUGCUCCCAACCUGCAGAGUCCCUAUGCCCAGGUGCCCUGCAUCCCGCUCUGCCCGCGGUUGGACAAGAUGGUCCGUCAGAAGCAGGACAAACACCACGUGCUGGAUCAGUACACCCUCCCUGGCCUGGGCCUCGACAUCCACAGCCUCUUCUUCCAGUCAGGGUCCCAAGGAAGCAGGGAACACAGCUCUGACAGCAGAAAGUGGCUCAGCUCUGUCGGCUCAAACCCACUGACGCUCUGGAGUCCUGACUCGGAGUAG